GCCCGCCACCUCCCCCAGACCGAGACACCUACAUCAUCCUCCACAGCUCCCACAACCCCACGAUCUGCUCUUUUCCAUCUUCUGUGGCUGCAUCUCUCUAUUUCCCUCCUCGCUCUCGGUCUCCAUCACCACAUCACACACAAUGUCUGCCCUCGACAGAUUAUCCCAGAUCGGCAGCCAGCUCACCGGCUCCAAGAGCGCUCGCGCCAAGCUUCUCGAGAAGAAUGCCGACGAUAUUGUCGUGACCGCUUGCCUGCGGACGCCCUUCACCAAGGGCGGCAAGGGCGGCUUCAAGGAUACCGCCGCUGCCGACCUCAUGGCCGGUGCUCUCAAGGGCCUCAUCGAACGCUCCAAGAUCGACCCUGCCCUCGUCGAGGACAUUGCCGUCGGUGAGGUCCUUGCUCCCGGCGGUGGUGCCACCGAGAUGCGCGCCGCCGCCCUCGUUGCCGGCUUCCCCGAGUCGACUUCCGUACGCACCCUCAACAGACAGUGCUCCUCGGGUCUCCAGGCCUGCGUCGACGUCGCCAACCAGAUCCGUGCCGGCAUGAUCGAGAUUGGUAUCGGUGCUGGUGUCGAGAGCAUGUCCACACAGUACGGCCCCGGCGCCGUUACUGAGUUCUCGGAGCUCCUCGAAUCCCACCCGGAAGCGGCCAACUGCAAGGUGCCCAUGGGCGUCCUCUCCGAGCAGAUGGCCAAGGACCGCGGUAUCAAGCGCGCCGACCAGGACGCCUUUGCCGCUUCCUCCUACGAGAAGGCCGCUAAGGCUCAGGCCGCCGGUCUGUUUGACGAGGAGAUCCACCCCCUCACCGUCAAGUUCGAGGACCCCAAGUCGGGCGAGGUCAAGACCAUCAAGGUCUCCAAAGACGACGGCGUCCGCCCCGGCACCACCGUCGAGACCCUUUCCAAGAUGCGCCCGGCCUUUGACAAGAACGGCUCCAUCCACGCCGGUAACGCCAGCCAGAUCUCGGACGGUGCCGCGGCCGUCCUGCUCAUGAAGCGCAGCACCGCCGAGAAGCUCGGCCAGCAAAUCCUCGGCAAGUACGUCGCGGCAUCGAUCGUUGGCGUGAAGCCCCUGCUCAUGGGUAUCGGCCCCUGGAAGGCCAUUCCCAAGGUCUUUGAGCUUACUGGCCUGACCAAGGACGACGUUGACAUCUUCGAGAUCAACGAGGCCUUUGCUUCGCAGUGCCUCUGGUGCGCCAACGAGCUCGGCCUUGACCAGGCAAAGAUCAACCCCAAGGGUGGAGCGAUUGCCUUUGGUCACCCUCUCGGCUGUACCGGUGCCCGCCAAGUCAGCACCCUGCUCUACGAGCUGCGGAGGCGCGGCGAGAAGAUUGGUGUUACGAGCAUGUGUGUCGGUACUGGCAUGGGUAUGGCCGCUGUUUGGGUUGCCGAGUAAAAGAUCAGUCUAGCAUUGGAUGAACAAAGAAAGGAGUUUAGCAUUGUAUAUCAAUAAAGGGGAACUUUUCGAACA